CGCGGCGCGACGAAGAGGAGGAGGAAGAUAAGUCAGGAGCCCACAGAAGCCAACACUUCUUUUGUUUGGAGCACCCCGGCGCUCGGGGUCACGGUGGGCUGAAUGGACUCAGACUGAGCCUGAGCCAAGCACGCUAAUUAGGAAAACCUGGUGGCGCAAUUAAGCUCCCGGUGCGUACAAGCUCUUGGCUCCUCGACACCAUGAGUUGGAGUUUCCUGACGCGUCUGCUGGAUGAGAUUUCAAACCACUCCACCUUUGUGGGGAAGAUCUGGCUGACGGUGCUGAUCAUCUUCCGUAUCGUCCUGACGGCCGUCGGCGGGGAGACGAUCUACUACGAUGAGCAGAGCAAAUUUGUCUGCAACACGCAGCAGCCGGGUUGUGAGAACGUGUGCUACGACGCCUUUGCGCCGCUCUCGCACGUCCGCUUCUGGAUCUUUCAGGUCAUUAUGAUCACCACUCCGACCAUUAUGUACCUGGGAUUCGCCAUGCACAAAAUCGCCCGCAUGGAAGACUCGGACUACCGCCCGCGGCGUAAGAAGAGGAUGCCCAUCAUCAGCCGUGGCGCAGUUCGGGACUACGAGGAGGCUGAGGACAAUGGAGAAGAAGACCCCAUGGUCGCUGAGGAGAUCGAGCACGAGAAGCCAGAUAAGGAGGAAAAAAGCGUACAGGAGAAGAAGCAUGACGGACGGCGGAGGAUCCUGCGAGAUGGCCUGAUGAAAGUCUAUAUAUGCCAGCUCCUGUGGCGUUCAGCUUUCGAAGUGGGCUUCCUUUGUGGCCAGUUCAUUCUGUAUGGCUUUGAGGUUAUCCCCUUCUACCCCUGCACUCGCUCACCCUGCCCGCACACAGUAGACUGCUUUGUAUCUCGGCCCACUGAAAAGACCAUCUUCCUCUUGAUCAUGUACGUCGUGUCUUUCCUCUGCCUAAUCCUCACGAUCUUUGAAAUCAUGCACUUGGGCAUCGGCAGUAUCCGCGACACCUUCCGCAGGCGGGCCACCCUGAGGUCACAAACGCCCUCGCCCCUUCAUGCCAUAGCCUCAGCACCACCGGGGUAUCACGCUGCUGUGAAAAAAGGAGCCAAAGGGGAGCUUAGGAUCUCGCCAACGGGUGACUCUGUCUUGGACACUUUUGGCAACUCGACCCGUGACCUAGAGCGGUUGCGCAGGCACUUGAAGCUGGCACAGCAGCACUUGGACCUGGCCUACCACACGGAGGAGGGAAGUCCCUCACGCAGCAGCAGCCCCGAGGUCCAUACUGUGGCGCAAACGCCGGCUGAGCAGAACCGUCUCAAUUUUGCUCAAGAGAAGCAGGGAGAUGUGAGCCAAAAAGGAAUACGUGCCUGAACCUGCCUUCUGAAUGUCCUCUGCCUUGUCAUUCCUCAAGCCUUAUCGCAUUGGGUAAGGUGCUUCUGGAGAAGCAGUUGAACCACUAAGAGGAUUUGGAUGUUUAUGUGCGUGCAUAUGUGUGAAAGAAAAAAUACUACUUUCAGUACUACAUGUCUGGGGAGAGGCGGGAAAGAGCUGAUUCACCUUUAAUGGCCGUUAUGUGGUUGGUUCAAGGCAGCCCUGCCACUUGCGAGCUCACUUAUUUUUCCCUGAAAUCCCUGUCCAUUCUUGCCACCUUGGCUGCCCCGGUUCUUUUUCUCCUUCUCACAAAAGUAAUACUGCAUUUUUUUUGUUUUUGUUUUUUUGUGUAAGCUUGUGUAGAUAUUUCUGGAGCAGUGCUCAUUGUUGUUGUUUUUCCUUAGGCUUAUGUAUUUCUUUCUUUGGGCCAAAUUGUUGAACUGGGAAAUGCUUGAAUUCUUCAUGCUCCAAAAACAUUCCUAAGGACUUCCAAAAAAACCCCAUUCACAAUACAUUUCAUUCAUACUUUUGUAAUCAACUAACCCCACCCCCCUUUUCCACCACACUUCAAUGAGUUUUUCUUCCCAAAAUGAUCUGAUUCACCUUCGUCACUGCAGAGGGUUUGUAAAACGUUGACUUUUUUUGGGGGGGGGGACUUCUUUGCUAAACCUCAUUGAGCUGUGUGGUGAUCAGCAGCGCCAACUCCAUCCUGCUGAAAUGCAUUCCGCUUGGGUGAGACAUACUUUUCCAUCCCUGACACACGUGGCCUGUAUUCAUGCUCCAACACAGAUGCUGACCCUCCCAACCUUACGCUGGAUUCAGCAGCUAAUGCACACUUUGAGUCCUGUGCAGGUCAAUACGUUCUUAAUGCUUUUCCAUUGCUUUUUUUUUUGGGGGGGGGGGGGUAUGUGUGUGUCUGGCUUGAAAAGAUGGCGCCUACAAAAUGUUGCAUCUCAUUCCAAGUGAUUGUCUUUGUUUUACGGUACGAUCAAAAUACAGUUGCAAACAUUGUUUUGUUUUGUACUUGGAGAUAUCUAUUUUUUCUUGAGAGUAAAUAUAUUUGAACAGAAAA